GCUUCUUUCCUUAGCUUCAGUUAGUUACUUCCUAUACCUGCAGUGAUCAGUGCCCUACUGCACACCCAAAGGGUGUCAUCUUCAGAUCUCUGGAGUUCUCCCCUGCUGCAACUCUCUCUCAGAAAAAUCACCACCCAUGUAAUGGAAUUUUACCUGAUGUGUAGGUCAGAUUUCUUUAUUCUGGAUAUCAUGCUAACAGUACAGGAAAAAUGCAUUGUUUCUCAUUUCUGCAAGUAGUCUUCACUGCUGAAGGAAGAAAUUUUUUAAGCUACAGCCGAAUUCAUUUUGGUACUUUUUAUGGAAAUCCUGAUUUUGUUUUUACUUUUUUAUAACCUUUUGCUAAAGGAAUGAACAAGCAAAGAGCUUAUCUCAUUAGACAAGUCUAUAAUAAUAAGAAUGCCUAGAAGAGGAUUGAUUCUUCAGACCCGGACCCACUGGCUACUGUUUGGUCUUGCUUUACUCUGCAGUUUGGUGUUAUUUUUAUAUCUUCUGGAAUGUGCCCCCCAGACUGAUGGAAAUGCAUCUCUUCCUGGUGUCAUUGGGGAAAAUUAUGGUAAAGAAUAUUAUCAAGCCCUCCUACAGGAACAAGAAGAACAUUAUCAAACCAGAGCAACCAGUCUGAAACGCCAAAUUGCCCAAUUAAAACAAGAAUUACAAGAAAUGAGCGAGAAGAUGAGAUCAUUGCAGGAGAGAAGGAAUGUAGGGGCUAAUGGCAUAGGCUAUCAAGGAAACAAAGAGCAAGCACCUAGUGAUCUUUUAGAGUUCCUUCAUUCCCAAAUUGACAAAGCUGAAGUCAGCAUAGGAGCCAGACUACCUAGUGAGUAUGGAGUCAUUCCCUUUGAAAGUUUUACCUUAAUGAAAGUAUUCCAGUUGGAAAUGGGUCUCACUCGCCAUCCUGAGGAAAAGCCAGUUAGAAAAGAUAAGCGAGAUGAAUUGGUAGAAGUUAUUGAAGCCGGCUUGGAGGUCAUUAAUAAUCCUGAUGAAGAUGAUGAACAGGAAGAUGAGGAUGGUCCCCUUGGAGAGAAACUGAUAUUUAAUGAAAAUGACUUCAUAGAAGGUUAUUACCGUACUGAGAGAGAUAAGGGCACACAGUAUGAGCUCUUUUUUAAGAAAGCAGACCUUAUGGAAUAUAGACACGUGACCCUCUUCCGCCCUUUUGGGCCUCUCAUGAAAGUGAAGAGCGAGAUGAUUGACAUUACUAGGUCAAUUAUUAAUAUCAUCGUGCCACUUGCUGAAAGGACUGAAGCGUUCGCGCAGUUUAUGCAGAACUUCAGGGAUGUAUGUAUUCAUCAGGACAAGAGAAUUCAUCUCACAGUGGUGUAUUUUGGUAAAGAAGGACUAUCUGAAGUCAAGUCUAUCCUCGAAUCUGUCGCAAGUGAGUCUGAUUUUCACAAUUACACCUUGGUCUCAUUGAAUGAAGAAUUUAACCGUGGACGAGGACUAAAUGUGGGUGCUCGAGCCUGGGACAAGGGAGAGGUAUUGAUGUUCUUCUGUGAUGUUGACAUCUAUUUCUCAGCCGAAUUCCUUAACAGCUGCCGGUUGAAUGCUGAGCCAGGUAAGAAGGUGUUUUACCCUGUGGUGUUCAGUCUUUACAACCCUGCCAUCGUUUAUGCCAAUCAGGAUGUGCCACCGCCUGUCGAGCAGCAGCUGGUUCACAAAAAGGAUUCUGGCUUCUGGCGAGAUUUUGGCUUUGGAAUGACUUGUCAGUAUCGAUCAGAUUUUCUGACCAUUGGGCUGAGGGUGAUGUCACCAGCGGAUCAUGGAGCCACCUCCCUCCUGAAGCUUCGCCUUCGCAUCUCCAGGCUCUCCUAGGAGUUUUGGGAAUUAGCAACUAGCUGACCCGUCCUCACCCAGGCCUCCCAGCUGGAGGCUCCGGUGGAAGCCAGGCGUGCGGAGAGAAACGAGGGUGAGUGGUUCCCAGUCUGCUUGUACAGAAUGAAAGCCACGCUGUGAGGGAGAUGGAGUCAGCGUGGAUUGCCCACUUCUGGCCUUCGAGGGAGCAGGGCCAUCACUGUCCCAUGGCCAGGACAUCAGACAGAAAACGGAGUGUACUCCUCAAGUUUGGGUGUAGAAAAUACCUCUACGUGUUGGGCAGUUUCAUGAGAGUGGGCUCCAGCAUUACUGGCCUGGCUAACUUUCUGUGUUUCAGAUUCUAUUAGGGGAGGCCCCCACCCAGAGGGAGGGAGGAUACUGACUUGUGAGUUGCUUCUUUUCACUCUGUUCUUGGGCUUCAAGACAGCUUUGAAUGUCCCCAUCCUUAACUGUAUUUUGUGUUCGCUUUAUUGCACCUAAGUGUGUCUUUCAGUUAUAGCCUGGAAAACUGACAAUUCCACGACUCUCCCCCUUAGGUUAUUUCAGAUCUCUUUUCCUAAAAUGUAGCUGAAGAACAAUUUGCCAGACAUAUCCCGACAGAAAAUAUGCUGCCAGGUGUCCCCCUGCCCUCCCCCCCAGACCCCCGUAAAUCCCUGAUAAAGGAAAAUGAAAAUGUAAACUUCGGAAAGCCCGUAUUCAAGGUUCACUUCCAGAACUAUGCAAACGAGACCUCCCGGCCGCCCAAGCCCCUCCUGCCGGAACCUCGCUGGCCCAGGCUUUGAGGGCAGGCGCCCUUGUGGUCCAGGGCAAAGCUUUCCCUGCGCCUCCCAGCGGCACUGGCUGUGGGCUAGAGAACGGAGCGGGAGACCGGCCCUCCAGUACCCUCUAAGGCACUAACCCCGACUUCAGAGACACUGGCUGGAAAGUAGGCAGGGCUCACGUUGGUUUUGGUUGGGUUUUUUAAAAUAUUUUUUUGUAAGAUGUUAAUAAUCAAAAGUAGAAAAUAAAAAUCUACAUUUCAUUAGAAUAAGAUGUUAUCAUGGAUGCCAUCUCCCAUGAUACACUUUCCCCACCCCUCCCCAAAGCAGGGCCCUGCCCUGUUAUUG